AUGGAACAACAGAAUACGUCAUCUCAUCCGCUUUUACCGCCUGGAUUUACCAAUCCGUCCUUUGCAUCCACUUUUUCAGGUAUAACACCAGCCGCUGGAAAUGUUAGUAACCCGUUGCUGGCUUCAACACUUCAUCACCUCCAAGAACUUUCAGCGGCGCAGGGUGCUGCUGGUUUAUUACCAAACAGUUCUCAAUUGACUUUGGGUAGUCAGUUUGCAGCGGAACUCAACAAUAUUGCGGCAGUUAGCUGGCCCGCUGCCCCAAAUGCAAAUACUACCUGGCUUGAGCAGGCUAAAGUUGCCGCCAUUUUGCCGAUGUAUACAGUAUUCUCUGCUGGAACUUUAAAACCAAAGCAAGUUUUAUCUUUUUAUCAAGGUGUAUGUGACACAUACGAUGCAACAACUCUUAAUCCAGGUGAAAUUGAGCUCACAGUAGAGAACAAUAUUGCAGCUAGCAACGCUGUUAUUUCACCUUCCGCUAUGCCGGUCAAUGCAGGUACUUUUCCUUGCAAAGUGGAAAAUAAUAAUGUGCAUAAUCUAAGCUCACAACCCUCAACUCCACAACAGCGAAGUCAACAACCGAAUGCCACUAUGAGUUCGACACAAUCCUCUCCAGCCAAUGCAAUGCUUGUAAUUGACAGACAGCCGAAUUCCAUUCAAAGCCAUUGCUCAACCGAAAUGAGACCUUGUUCGACGUCUUCCAUGGGUCCUUCUUCCGUUUCUAAUCAUUCAAGCGUUGGUUCGGUUGAUCACUUACCGAGUUCCGUAGGAAGAGCACCGAUGCCAGAAACGGUAAGUGCCAUACGACCAUGUUCACAACAGAGCAGCUCUGGUUACGUCAUGUCGCGCGGGAAUGAUUCAUCCAGCGCUCAGUCUCCUGCACAGAUUGCUGCUAUGCCGGUCGGUUCGCGUAAUUCAACUCCACAGCAGAAGACGUUCGACUCAGGUACUGCAAAUCGUCCGACAGAACUGCGUACUGUACCUUCUACCGUGCGAAAUGACACGCCGGUUGGAACCUCUCCUGAAGUUAAUCAAAGCUCUUCGUCAACAGUUCAACAAACAUCAAGCACACCCCAUGAAAAUGGCGCAGACAAUAAUAAUUUGGAAGAUUUGCCAUGGUCCAGCAUAGAUCUUGCCGACAUUGAUUUGUUUAGCGGGUCAUCUGUUGCUGAAAAAGAUGUCAUGCACUCCGUUCUGGAUGAAAUGGAUCCAACUGUGGUGCAUCGACUCUUCCUAAACGAGCCAUCCACAACGUGUGGUACAAAUAAACUGCCGAUAAACGUCUCGCAACUUGUAACACCGAAAAUUCGAGAAAAAAUUAAACUAAAAAGAGAAAAGGAACUAGCCGAUGCAGAUAAGGAGUUGGAUAGACUUCUUUCACUUGUUGCCAAGAAAGAUGCCAUAUCAACACCUGUAUCUAAGGUUUCAAAGCCGCUUCAGGGACAUGACCCAGUACUUGUGACGAAAGCAGAUAAUUCUGAUGAUCACAAAAUCAGCCUCAGUCCUGUUCAGUUCACGCCUCCAGAUUCACCCACAGCAUCCACCUCCGGUGGUGUUUCAUCAGCAUUAUGCAAUUUCUUCUUUCCUUCAUCCGGUACCUCCACCAGUACUGCUGCUCUCCGUCCACGAUCCACACGUAGCGAAGUCCCUUCAGCAAAUACACGUUUUUUAUUCAUGCCAUCAACGGAAAAGAAAAACAAAUCAAACAAAGUUCCUGUGUAUAAACAGAAGGCAAAAACAUUCUUGCAAUCCGUACUCAAGGCUGAGGAACACGCUCCCGACGACGCAUAUAGUUUCAAGGAUGAUGAAGAGGAAAGUAAACCACUACCAUCUGGUGCAACCGUGUCUGAGACACAGCUGCGAGAGCAAAGACUGGAAGCAGAAGUUGCACAAAGACUCGCACGAAUAAACAGUGCCCAUCCAGAGCUUAAAACAAAAAUUGGAGGUGAUGAACCACAGUAUCAGCAGGAUUUGUGGAGGCAUGUCGUACCUAAAAAGCGACAUUCAGCUGCAUCAGAGAGACCAUCCGUGCCUUCAACUCCUUUAUUGCCACCCGCUUCCGUCGUUGAACAUCGCACAGAAAAUUCGUCAUGUCAAAAGUUAGCGGAACCGCAAACUCUAGCGGAUUUAUUGUUACGCCGUAAACAACAUCGCUCAUCGUUUGGCUUCUUAAAGACAAAAUCUCUUGGCGAUAAAGAAACUGCCAAAAGUGAGCACCAAACAGGGCCAUCAGUAAUUACGAUUAGAAUGGAGCCGAAAAUCGAUUGCGAUACCGAAAAUGGGGCGCAGUCAGAGCAACCUCUUCCGAAAUUGUUGAUCAGAUUGCCUCGAAGAUCAGUCGACGAGAAUGUCGUAGAAUAUGAGAAACCAAAGAAGAAGAAAAAAAAGCGAAAGAAAAGAGACAGUGAUUAUGAAUGGGUAGGUCCCGAGUCAAAAGGGAAAAAGAAGAAGAAACGUAAACAUAAACAUCACAAGAAAAAGAGAAGACAUACAUCAGAUUACGAGGAAGAACUUACGAACAAGCAUGAACAAUGGAACACAUCUGAGAAUGCAAACAAAGAAACGACUGUUUUCAGUAAGAAGCGACGCCUCAUAAUGCACUGGAAUGAGAGAGAGGGAAAUCGUUUGGAUUCAGAGUACUGCCGGGACCGAAACUCUUCUGUUUCGUUUGAAAAUAAUGAGGGACACAAUGCACGUCCGAAUUCAUCAGAGCACAACGUUUUGUCGAAGUUUCAUCCGGUAGAUGGACAUUUAGCAAAAGGGACAUUUGUAGUCUGUAAAGCUGAUAUCUUGAAAGAAGAUUGUCCUCUCUGGAGAGUUGAUAAUCAGAACUUACUGCAGAAAUAUCCGCCUUUCAAUCGUGAUGGCAAAAUAGCUUACAGGAACAGUUCAACGUAUUCUGGUUGGUGUGAUCAGAUUGCUGAUAGCUAUAUUGUUGUACGGGUACGUUUCAUAAAACACAGUCGUUCGGAGUCCAUAGUAGAGCCAGAAAUGCCGUUAUUAGACAUGUUUCCAGCAAUCAGUAUCGAAUAUGAAGAGCGUCCGUCAGCCAACGCAGGAAUUGCACUGGAACAGAAAGAUCUUUUCGCAGACGAUCCAAUCCGAAAACAGAUGACUGUAUAUGUAAAAGCGAUGCUUAAUCAUGCGCUUGAUAUGACAUUCCUCCAAACAGUAAGACAGAAGAGCGACUGGAAUUAUUUAUGUGCUUUAAACGGCAUCGACAAAUUAAACCAGGAACGAAAGGAGAAAGUGCAAUUGCGGGUGAAAUGGAUUCAACGAUACUUAGAUUUGCUCCAUUUUUAUUCCUCAUGCGUAGUAUGCGACUCGGAAGGCAGUGGCUUAAGUUGUCAGGCUUGUGGCAUUUCCGGUGUUGAGAAGAUUAUGCAGUUGUUUUGUAACGAAGGUUACGAUUAUGAUACUCUGGAGGCUGAAGAAGUGUGUUAUACAGGAUCUGGAUCUCCACUACAUGCGGUGGAAUACCUGGUUUGUUCGCCUUGUGCAAAACUGUCAGGAAUGUAUCACAAAUUACAUCACAUGCGUUAUAUGCUUCUGAAAAACUGUGAAGAUAAGUUGGAGAAAGUUAGUGCUGGGAAUGCGGAUAUUUCGUCGGAGUUCGUAGUGGAGACUUGUAUGAACGAUGUGGUGUGGUUGCGUUCAGUUGUAAAUGAGUAUGCAGAUCUAUGGCGAAGGAUUGAGAUGAAUGCUUGUUGA